AGACCGUAUCUACCCAUGAGGCCAUGAGGCCAUGACCGCCACCGCUCGACAUCUCUCCCCUCCUCUCUCGUCUCGCUUCCGGUUUUCCACCACACAAAACAAAAACAGAGUAGAUAGUUCUUGAAACUGAAAUCUUCGCCGUUCCACUCUCCCCCAGCGAUCUGCUCGUUUCCUUGCAACUUGCAACCUUGGUGCUGUGGAUGACGCUCGCGAUGAGCGCACUCGCCUGCCACCGCCCACUCCCCUUCAAAAGUUGGAAACGGAAACUGCGAACCUCGGUUGCUACAUGGAAACAUAUGCGGCCUGACCGACGUAACGAGGCCGUAGCAUUUGCGGCGAAGAACACAAAGAGGAAACGGAGAAGUUCUCCGAACGAGUCGAAGGAUUUGCUGUUGGUGGUAAGUGAGGAAGCUGCUUCGGGCAGUGGAGGAAGUGCUGGCACAAGCCUCGAGACCAACGGCGAGGAUGUUGCUACUGACGAUGAGGUUUCAGGUGCUCCGAGGAGUGCUGUUCUUCAGGCUUGCGCUCUCACGUCAGGCUUGCUGCUUGCCGGAGGGCUUCUGCUUCGCGAGGCAUCACACCUAGCAUCAAUAAAUGGAUGGCCAAUUGCUGACCCUACAGAUGUGUCAUUCAGUUUUGAAACUUGGCAUCUUGAGUUGGUUGCGGGACUUGUCAUAGUAAUCUCCUCUGCCCGGUACAUCCUGCUACAAACAUGGCCAGAUUUCAGAGAUUCCAGUGAAUCUGCAAAUAGACAAAUCCUUGCAUCGCUAGAGCCUCUGGACUACAUUGUCGUUGCUUGUCUCCCGGGGAUAAGUGAGGAGUUGCUGUUUCGAGGGGCGAUGAUGCCUACCUUGGGAUUGAACUGGAUUAGCGCCCUUAUUAUUGGAACCGUUUUUGGUGUUCUUCACUUGGGCAAUGGCAGGAAAUAUUCGUUUGCAAUCUGGGCAACAUUUGUUGGCUUUGCCUAUGGUAUGGGAACCAUAGCUUCCUCGAGCAUUGUAGUUCCAAUAGCUUCUCACUCCAUAAACAAUAUUAUCGGAGGUUUACUUUGGCGCCUUACCAAGAACUCGCAAAAGUAGAUAUACAUAAUGCCCUCAACAGUCAUCCCUGUUCAGUUUAGAGUUUAGACUUUCUAGUCCUUAAUCCUUACAAGGUUGCCGUCAGUAUUAGUGUCGCAUGAUUGGUUCACCCAUGUAUUUUCAAUAGCAAAAUGAGGACGGGACUGCCGUAAAAUCAGGACUUGCUUCAUUUUUUUUUGUGUCAAUGUGUCCCUUUAAAUGAAUUAUGGAGAUUUUAUAUUUCAUAUUAGGUAUAAAAUAAAAUUUAACCGUGGGGCCA